CCCUCAGGCACUGGCUGGCCUCGGCCUACCCCCCGUUUGCGGUGCCCUACUUUGUGUACGACGUCUUCGCCAUGUUCCUGUGCCACCGCGCGCGGCGCCGCCUCAAGGGCCACGAGGAGCCGCCCGAGGCGCUGGGCUCCCUGUGGGGCGCCUUCCUGCGCCGCCAGCGCCUCAUGGUGCUGCACCACGCCGCCAUGGUGCUCGUCUGCUUCCCCGUCGCCACGCUGUGGCGCGGCGGUAAGGGCGAUUUCUUUGUGGGCUGCCUGCUGAUGGCGGAGCUCAGCACCCCCUUCGUCUGCCUGGGCAAAGUCCUCAUCAUGCUGGGCCUGCAGCGCUGGUGGCUGCACAAGCUGAACGGCGCGGCGGCGCUGCUGACGUUCCUGUGCUGCCGCGUGCUGCUGUUCCCGUUCCUGUACUGGGCCUACGGCCGCCACGUGGGGGCGCCGCUGCUCGCCGUGCCCGCGCUCCUCCCGCCCGCCUACAACGCGGCGGCCGCCGCUCUCCUGGCGCCGCAGCUCUACUGGUUCGCGCUGCUCUGCCGCGGGGCCUGGAGGCUCUUGGCGCCGCCGCCGCCGCCCCGGCCGCCCUGA